GUCAAAAAAGAACUUUUUGUCUGUGGUAUAUAAAGCUUUUGUUUCAUGAUCGUGAAUUUGUUUUUCGUCGUGCGUUCUUGUUAAUUUUCUCCAUAAAAUAAAGUUUAUAGUAGAUAUAAAAUGGCUCUUUAUUGUGCAAUAUCAAAUGAAGUGCCAGAAGUGGCUGUGGUUUCGCCAACGUCGGGGGCUGUCUUCGAAAAGCGUAUUAUUGAAAAGUAUAUUAUAGAGAAUGGCGUGGAUCCCAUCAACGGCAAAGAACUUAGAGUGGAGGAUCUCAUUGAGAUCAAAACUCCUCCGAUAGUGAAGCCGAAGCCUCCGAGUGCCACUUCAAUCCCCGCUACCCUCAAAAGCAUGCAAGAUGAGUGGGAUGCGCUGAUGCUCCAUGCGUUUACUCAGCGCCAGCAAUUGCAGACUGCAAGGCAGGAAUUGAGUCACGCGCUGUACCAGCACGACGCCGCGUGCCGCGUGAUCGCCCGCCUCACGAAGGAGGUGACGGCCGCCAGGGAGGCCCUGGCCACGCUGAAGCCCCAAGUGGGCAUUGUGGCCCCGCAGCCGACACAUCCCGUGGAGGCAGCGGCGGGCGGUGGCGCGGCCCCGAUCGGCAUGUCAGCGGAGGUGGUGUCCCGCCUGCAGGAGCGCGCCACGGCGCUCACGCAGGAGCGCAAGCGGCGCGGGCGCACCGUGCCCGAGGGGCUGCUCGCGCCCGACCAGAUCCGCGCGUUCCUCACGCUGGCUUCUCAUCCUGGUCUCCACUCAGCCAGUGUGCCGGGCAUCCUAUCCCUGGAUAUCAACCCUUCGGACCACAGCAAACUCCUGACCGGGGGGAACGACCGCAACGCUACAGUGUUCAACAAGGACACGGAGCAAGUGGUGGCCAUACUCAAGGGCCACACCAAGAAGGUCACCAGGGUCAUAUACCACCCGGACGAGGACACUGUCAUCACCGCCUCGCCGGACCACACUAUACGCGUGUGGAAUGUGCCUACGUCUCAGACUACAGUGAUCCUGCGUUCCCACGACGGCCCCGUGACGGGGCUCUCGCUGCACCCCACUGGGGACUACGUGCUGUCCACGUCCACUGAUCAACACUGGGCCUUCUCUGAUAUACGCACAGGUUCUCUCCUGACCAAGGUGAGCGACGCCUCCGGAGUCAGCCUGACCACAGCGCAGUUCCAUCCUGACGGUCUCAUCUUCGGAACCGGAACGGAGAACUCGCAAGUCAAGAUUUGGGACUUGAAGGAGCAGAGCAACGUGGCCAACUUCCCGGGUCACGUUGGACCGGUCACAUCCAUAUCGUUCUCUGAGAACGGUUACUAUUUAGCAACGGCUGCUGAAGAUGCUUGUGUGAAGUUAUGGGAUUUGAGGAAGCUGAAGAACUUCAAAACAAUUCAGUUAGAAGAAGGGUAUGCGAUUAAGGAGCUGUGCUUUGAUCAGAGUGGAACAUACUUGGCUAUAGCUGGUACGGAUGUCAGAGUGUACUUGUGCAGGCAAUGGCAGGAGCUCAAAUUGUUCAAUGACCAUACGGCAGCUGCCACAGGAGUCCGGUUUGGGAAGAACGCUCAAUACAUAGCUUCAACGAGCAUGGACCGGACACUCAAGCUCUAUGGCAUAGAGUAGUUAGAUUAGGUUAAUCUAUUUAACUUGUUUUAUUUAGUUAUUGGACUAUCCAAUUUGUAACAUCUGAUAUAAGAUCAAAGCUGAAUGAUAAACAUUGAGCCAAUUUCCCCUAAUAUGAUAAAUUUCUUCUAGUUGUGCGAUGAAAUGAAAACCUGGGUCGGCUAUUCAUUUUGUUCAAACAGAUUUCCAUAAUCCAUAAUUUUAAUAAAAACUUAACUUGUUCGAUCGUUCCCUUAAAAAUUGGAUGGUUUAAUAACAGCUUUAUCUGGUUCUUUAGGUAGGAUAGGAAAUCGGACAUAUGACUAUUUUUGAUUUAAUGACGUAUUGUUUUUAUUAAAUGCCAAGUUCUAAAACAAUAUAAAGCGCGUCCGCUACUUUGUAUUUUGGGUGCUGUGCAUCUCUCGGGAAUUAGCAGAACCCUUUAUUUCAAUUGACUAUCUUGCUUUUCUAAUGAUAUAAAGCAGUUGUUUUCCAGACAUAGUGUUAUUGAUGACAUUUGGUGACAGCGGUGGGAUAGCAACUGCUUUAUCUAAAAAAUAUUCAUGAAACGAGGCAAGUUUAUACAUUUUAAGGUGGUAUUUGUUUGAAAUGAUUUUUGCCCAGCAGUGUGGUACAAAAGCGAUUUUAUACCACUAUUCACCGGCCGUAGGUUAAAUACCGCCUAGGUGAACAUAAUUGAUUAUUAUCUAAGGUAAGAUAACUACGAUCCGCCGAUACUAGGGACAAGUCCGUUCUAAAUACAUUUUCAUUUGAAUGUACCCAAGAUAAAACGAGCAUUACAGUUUAUUGGCCAUUAUAAUAAGUUGACUGUAAGUUUUUAGGUUAUGUUAAUAAUUUAAGUUAAAUAUUACUAAGUCAACAAAAUUUGUAAAGAAGUGAUAGUAAUCAAAGCAGAUUUUUAAUUUUUAUUAUGUAAGCCAACUCAAUUGCAUUCAAUAAAUAAAGUAAAAAUUA